AUGACGGGAAGUGGUAAUAUCGCAAGAUCUCCGAUUGAUGAUAACAGUCAAAAUCAAGUCACCAGCUUGUCUGGUAGUAGUGCCCCAUUAUAUGAGGUGUGGUCUGGUCCUUGGCGAAGAACUAUGUACAUGGACAUACCAAACCCUGGCUCGGGAUUUGAAGAUGGCUGUUCUUUAGAUCUGAAAUUCUACGAAAUUGUAACAAUACGCGCUGAGAAGAUCGAAAGUGUUUCUCGGAAUUUCUGGAACAAUGGAAUUCUACACACCGAAAGCAAUAAUAUUUCAAGUAGUUGUACAUCUGUAUUGGCAAUAAGAAAGUUACUGGAGAGCCAAUAUCACUUUCUAGCAUGUUCAUCGAUGUCUGACAGCAAAUAUUGGACGCCAUUGGAAAUGAAUCCCGCCACAUUUGCUCACACAAGUCAUAGUAUCCAAGAUCUAAAAACUGCUUCUGGGGAUAUGCUAUUCUGUGCAUUUCUCCAUGCGUAUACCGCCAUAUCCGAGACCGCAAAUCGCUGGAAGAAAAUGCUGGAAUGUUUCGGCCAAUUUAUUGGUGACAAGCUCGCAUUCUUAGCUCCUGAAUAUCACGACAAGUUGCUUUCUGACGACGAAGGUCUUUCGCGGUCCAAAAACUAUCUCUACGUUGAAGGGGUUCCGUACGAGUAUAUCACGGAAUAUUUUGCGGAUCAAACAACUGUUAGAGCAAGAAACGAGCGAAAUUACGACCGAAGAAGAGUUGGAGGGACUUCGACGACGUCGAAACUGGAGACCAAGCAGGAAGAAGGCACAUAUUUCAGAGAUGGAAACGUCAAGCUUUUAACAAGCAUGAGCAUUUUGUUCCCUGCUCUGUUAUUUCGUAUGCUUGUAACUUAUCAGUCUAUAUGGAGUAUUGAUACUUCCUUCGAUUACCUGAAUCUUCUUCUCGCAGUCAAUAUCCUCGCUGCUUCCAUUUACUUUCUGGGUUAUAAUGUGGAUCAACUUUUAUUUAUAUUCCAAAAUGCCUAUAAUAAAUUUAUCAAAAAUACACUGCAGGCAAUGAAGAAGGAUGAAGAUGCAAAAUGGGCAACUAGAGAACAUGAAUUGAUAAAAUACUUGGAGCUUUCAGAAGGAGCUCAAAAGCCUCCACAUUGA